AUGUCUCAAGACGCCUGUGCGCUUAACGCUGACGGCUCCCUCAAGGAUGCCUCCGAUAUCACUUUCUUCAAUGACCCUGACGAUGAUGUACCACUUCCCAAAGUCCCACCUUCCACCCAGCCAUCGACAUCAACUGCAUCUACAAGAGAUGCCUACUCCGUUCUACUCAAGGCUGGACAUACCCCAGCAACAGUUGCAGCCGGUUCUCGGCGGUCUGGCCAUCCCUUAAAGCCCUCAGCUUACGAAGAUGAAGACGAGGACGUCCAUCCAGGAGAAUCAUCUGCCGAUGAGCUGGUCCCUCAACCUGAUGUCAAAGACUUAGACGACACCAAUGAUGCCAAGUCCGAGAAUGGGGUUGCCACUCAGACGGUGCGACUACGUUUUGAUGGUGUACCAUCCUCCGAGUUAUCAUCAGGUAAAGAGCGCUUAUUCAAUGGCGUGCAGUCUGAGAAGCUGAAUUUCAACUUCGAAUGGCCUGGAGUUGGGGUUGUAGAAGUAGCACCUUUCCAUGUAAAGUUAGAUUUAGAUGGCAAGGAGAUGACGGCCAAGAAAUGUAAUACUAUCCACUUCGAUACGGAAGCGCUCUGUCUCAUUUUUGUCGCCGGCUUUGAAAGUCUUGCGGCCAAUGAUGAAUCCCCCAAUACUAACAUAUCUAUUGGGUUGGACAAUAAAUUUUUUCCCCGAUAUGACCUAAAGUUGAUGCUCGAUGGUUCUGGUUUAAGCGCAGUGACAUACUGA